UCUCCAGUAUUCAAAGGCUUGGGAGCUAACCUCUCCCUCUCUGCUUCCCAUUCUUUCAGUUACCAGUUGGCUCCUGCUGAAUUCUGCAGUACCUCGGCCCUAAUUUAGGAAUGAGAGCCCACGGAAAGAUCAGCUUGGAUUCGAAUGACAGCCACAAGGAGGGUUCAAGGGGUGGAAGCAACAUUUGAGGUUUGCCACCACAGGUCUCCCUUACUCUCCCUUGAACAGUUCCAUGCCUGGGUGGGCUUGCGGAGCAGAGAUGAGACGGUUACCGAGUGAGGAUGAGAGUCAGCUCGAGGUCACUGUUGAAGUUACCUUGAGUGCCGACACGGACGAGGUUUUCACUGAGGAUGAGGACCUGGGCAAUUACAACUGCACCCUUGGCCACUCUGUGCUGGCCAAGGGCCCUGCCCCUUCUACACCCAAACAUCAGAAGAGGACACCGCAUCAAUAUUACUUCCGCGAAGCCGACGGCUCGAAAAGCAAGGCGCCCAUGGACACCUUCUACCCAAAAGGUUAUCAACUGUCUCAGAAUUCAAACACCCCAUCGCCUAAGGAGAAGGAAAAGAGGCAGUCCCUGGAUUCGUUUAGAAGCAGUGAGAAGAAUUAUCUGCCCCAGCUGUACGAGCGCCAGUGGCUGUUUGAGGUGGUGUCCAAAGGCAAUGCGUGCAAGUUAGAUGGAUUCCUGCAGCACCUGAUCCGGAGCAACAAACGCCUCACUGACUGGGAAUUCAGAGACCCUGACACAGGGAAAACCGCCUUGCUGAAGGCUCUGCUGAACUUGAGCAGCCAUCGCAAUGACACCAUCCCUGUGCUGCUAGAAAUUGCGGAGAAAACAGAUGACCUGAAGCUGUUCAUCAAUGCAGCCUACAUGGACAGUUACUACAAGGGCCAAACGGCACUGCACAUCGCCAUCGAACGCCGCUGCCUGCACUACAUGGCGCUCCUGAUCCGUAACGGUGCCGACGUCCAUGCCAAGGCCAACGGCUUGUUCUUCAAGGACAGAGAGGGGCAGCCCGGAUUCUACUUCGGGGAACUGCCUCUCUCACUCGCUGCCUGCACCAACCAGCCAGAGUUGGUGAACCAUCUGCUGGAAAACCCCUACGAGCAGGCACAGAUCGAGGCAGUGGAUUCGAAGGGCAACAAUGUGCUCCACGCACUGGUAUCCAUCUCCGACAACAGCCGGGAGAACACCAGGUUCGUCACCGAGAUGUACGACCUUCUCCUCAGGCUCGGCGUGAAGCUCCAACCUCAACUCAGCCUGGAGAGCGUGCGGAAUAAGAAGGGGCUCACUCCCCUCAAGCUGGCCGCCAAGAUGGGAAAGAUUGAGGUGCUGAAAUACAUCAUUGGGAGAGAUAUCCAGGAGGAGGGGUGCCGGCAUCUGUCCAGGAAGUUCCGGGAGUGGGCCUACGGGCCGGUGCACUCCUCAUUGUACGACCUCUCCGAACUGGACACGCACGAGAAAACCUCCGUGUUGGAGAUCAUCGCCUACAGCAGCCAGACUCCGAACCGACACGAGAUGCUGCUGCUGGAGCCUCUCAACCAUCUGCUGCAGGAGAAGUGGAACAGCUUUGCCAGGUUCAUCUUCUACUUCAAGUUUAUCGUCUACCUGUGCUAUAUGAUUGUCUUCACCAUCACCGCCUACAACAGGAUCGAGGAUAGGAAGCCUCCAUUCGCACUGGAGUACACAGUGGCCGGCUACCUGCGUGUGGCCGGACAGAGCAUUAUGGUCCUCGGGGCCAUCUACCUCUUCUUCCAGGGGGUGCAAGAGGUUUUCCUGCGGCGGCAGCGCACUCCGAAGUCCAUCUCCAUCGAUGGCUACUGUGACAUCCUCUUUUUUGUUCAGGCUUUGCUGCUCCUGUCAUCAACCGCACUGUACGUUGCCGGACGGGAGGAGUAUGUGGGCUUCAUGGUGAUUUCACUGGCGAUUGGCUGGAUCAAUACACUGUACUACACCCGGGGCUUCCAGCAAAUGGGCAUCUACAGUGUGAUGAUGCAGAAAAUCUUCCUGACGGAUCUGAUGAGCUUCCUUCUCGUCUACGCCGUGUUCCUCUUCGGAUUCGGAGCUGCGUUGGUGGUGCUAAUUGAGGACGGUGUCUACAACAACACCAAACCUGGUUGCAAAAAGGACACCACCUACAAGAACUUUGGGACAACCUCCUUGGAGCUGUUCCGAUUCACUAUCGGCAUGGGAGACCUGGAGUUCACCGAGAACUACAAAUUCAAGAAGGUUUUCAUCUUCCUGCUAAUAUCGUACGUCAUCCUUACCUACAUCCUUCUGCUCAACAUGCUGAUUGCCCGGAUGAGUAAAACAGUGGAAGAGAUUUCCAAGGACAGUAAAAGUCUCUGGAAACUUCAGCGAGCCAUCACCAUUCUGGACCUGGAGAAGAGCAUCCCGCGAUGCCUGAGAGCCAGGUUCCGGUCGGGAGAGCUUGUGAUGGUCGGGCUUACAUUUGAUGGGCAGGAGGAUCAAAGGUGGUGUUUCAGGGUGGAUGAAGUUAACUGGAGCAGGUGGAACACUGACCUCGGCCUCAUCAACGAGGAACCAGGAAACUCUGAGCUGCUGAGGAGGAACUCAACCUUUACCAGCAAGAUAACCCGUGGAGAGCGGAGCUGGCGUUCCAUGCUGCCCCUGUUGAAAGAAAUUAAAUCUGAGACGCAGGACGAUGCGAUGACUCUGGCAGAGUUGAACAGCAACCCAUCGAGACAGCCCCACAGACGACCACGCCGACCACGCACUACCAUUGCCAAGGUGGUCUGAUGUCGGAGGUCAGUAGUGGGCUGGGACACUCUUCCAGAUGGACACUCGCACCCUUAGCGUCCUCCGUAACUGGCUCCCCAACUUCCAGAGUGUCCUGCAGUGUUCUGAUGGAAAACCAGCCCCCAGAUCACUGCUGGAUGCAAGGCGCAGCAGAAGUGUCAUCGGAAAUGUAAGGGUUGCUUCAAUUUAUGGAAAAGAUAUUAGUUUAUUACUUGUGUAAAAAAAAUAUUGGAGAUGGAAAGAGAAUAUUAUUGAAGACUUUCCAUUUUCCAUUUGGCCGUGUCAUGGCAAUGGACAUGUUGGGUGAUCAAUGGUGGGAGAGUUGAGGUGGCCAAGAUGAGAGGUCAGGUGAUGAUACUUCCAGCCAGUGUUGCCGGCUCUUCACUAGUCACUAGAGUGUACAGUCAUUGCCACCCACCAUUGGUGUUAGAGUAGAAUGGGUGCUUUUGGAUUAGGUCCAUCAUUGGGCCACUGACACCAGAGCUGUCCUUGUUAUCCCCAACUCACAUCUGGUUACUGAGAGAGUGGGAACAGGAGCUAGUCUGUGGAACAAGUCAUCCUCUGUUCAUUGCUGUGACAUUGGCUGUCACAUUAUAGAGUCGUACAGCACAACCCGUCCAUGCCAACCGUUAUGUUUAUCCACACUAAUCGCAUUUGCCUGAAUCAGGCUCAUAUCCCUCCACUCCUUUCCCAUCCAAGUACCUGUCUAAUUGUCUUCGAAAUGUUAAAAUACCAUCUGCAUCUACCCCUUUCUCUGGCACUUCAUUUCAGAUAACCACCACCUCCUGUGUGGAAAAAAUGUGCCCAACAUAUAUCUCCUUUAAAUUUCUCCCCUCUUGCCUUAAACCUGUGCCCUCUAGCUUUAGAAACCCCUGCCCUUGGAAAAAUACUCAGUCCAUCUACCCUAUAUUCAUGAUCUAAGGAUGAAUUCCCAAUCUACCUCGUUGCAGUGCUUGAACUUUUUAUUUUUUAUCGGCACUUUCGCCGUGGCAAUAGCACUAUAUUCUCCACUUUGUUAUUUUUCUUUUUUGCAUGACCAUGAUGUGCUUGUGAACGUGCAUGGUAUAAUUAGCCUGGAUAGCAUGCAAAACAAUUUACACUAUCAAAGUACACAUAAUAAUAAAACAAUAGCAAUCUAUGCCUCUCUCAUUUUAUAAACCUCUAUUAGAUCACCCCUCACUCAGCCUUCUAUGUUCUUCCCACCCCCACCCGAGAAUUGUGGAGGCAGAGGGUAACGAGACUGCAGCCGCUACAGUGAUCUAGGAGGAUUGUUGCACCAGUAGUCAAUACAAAUCGAUUAGAGAGGCCACAUUAGCUAUACAAUUACAGAAAAAUAAAACUCAGCAGGUCGGCAGCAUCUGUGGAGUGAGAAACAGUCAAUGUUUCAAAUCUGCAACCACUCAUCAGAACUCAGUCACAGACCCGAAAUGUUAACUGGGGAGUAACGUAGAACAGUGAAGGGCCUGUCCCACUUGGCGAUUUUUUUCGGUGACUGCCGGCAUCAUAUCAGGGUCUCC